AUGAAUGACAACGAUGAAAGGCUGAUCGACCUUUGUGCGGCCAAUGACUUUGUCAUAGGAGGAACAAUUUUCCCACAUAAAGACAUUCACAAACGUACUUGUACUUCGCCUAAUAACAGAGAUAAAAACCAGAUUGACCAUAUCAUGAUAAAUGGCACAUGGAGACGUUCACUCCUUGAUGUAAAGGUGAUGAGAGGGGAAGAUGUCAGCAGUGACCACUAUCUGGUUAUAGCAUCGUUUGAAGAGACAAAAUCAGGAAACAAAAAGUCAGGAAGGAGACAGUUUAAUGUUGAAAAACUGAAAGACCCCAAGGUCAGAAGCUCCUUUAUACUCCAACUACAGAACAGGUUCCAGACCCUUGCUGGUCUUGAUGACACUAUGCAAGAAGUAAACGAUAUAUGGGAUAGAACCAAGACAGCAUACAACGAGACAAGUAAAACAUGUCUGGGGUACAGAGUGAAGGAGGAGAAGAAGGAUUGGAUAUCGGCGGACACAUGGGAAACAAUAAAGAAACGAAAAGAAAUAAAGAAACUUGUCAUAAACUCAAAGUCUGAAAGGCUAAAACAGAGAUACAGCCGACAGUAUCAGGAAGCUAACAAGCAAGUAAAGAAAAAAAGCAAGAACUGA